AUGGCAAAAGUCAAAGCAAAACCUACAAUGAAGCGCACUCCCUUACCCAAUCAAAGAAUGGCCACUACCAAGAAACCCGCCAUCAAAUCUUCCAACUCUAAGUCCAUCGCCAAACCUCAAAGAUUCAAAAUGAGCGCUGCGACUCGAAGAAUCUGGCUAUCUGAUUAUACCGUCGAAUCUCUUGGAAGAAAGUCUGGAAGAGGUCGCGAUACUCCUUGGAUCGAGCUUCCCGAGCCCGAAGCCUUACUCUAUCAAGAUGAGAAGAGUGUGGAAAGUUAUACCCAUUACCUCAACUCUAUUCAUGCUGUUUACGCUGAGCUUUUUCCCGACAGAACCGUCCCUAAGAGCGAAAAGGUUAUCUCCGCCGGCGCAUCUUCAAGCUAUCACAGAUUGUGUGUAAUUAUUGAGGCUGAAAACGAGGCCGUUGCUUUAGCAGAGGCUAUUGAGAAUCCUGAAUUUGUUUUUCCUGAGGAAGAGGAUGAUGGAGAUGAAGACGACAAUAGGGCUCUAGAUGGCCAGGCCAAGUAA